CUGCGUCCGCUAGAUAUCGCCCUUCACAUUUUAAUUUCGACACCACAGAAGAAGAUACCUGUGACGUCACGUAUCGUUUUUUAAAAUGGCGUCGCUCGUGUAAACUCGCCUUGUUUAUAUUACGUUGUACAGAAGAAUAACCUUAAAACACGAGGUUAUCUAUUGAUAAGGUAACCCCUUUUUGUUUCUUUAUCAAAACGUAACGACCUUGUCUCUUUGUUAAGCAGAAGUGUUUCUGGAGGAAACGUAACGCUCUUUUCUGUCGCACUUGCUACGACGUGACCACCGCCAGGUUGUUACCACCGUUACCACCGCCAGGUUGAGUCAUGGAGGAGCCGAGUCAGAGUAACGAUAAUCAGGGGAACACGGAGGGCAACGUGGGCCUGGACGAGCCCAAAAAGAUGACCCGGGAGGACUGGAGGAAGAAGAAGGAGCUGGAGGAGCAGAGGAAGCUGGGAAACGCUCCAGCUGAGGUGGACGAAGAGGGCAAAGACAUAAACCCACACAUCCCCCAGUAUAUUUCCUCAGUGCCGUGGUAUAUCGACCCAUCCAAAAGACCUACACUUAAACAUCAAAGACCACAGUUUGAAAUUCAGGAGGAGUUUUCUGCCAUUGGAGAAUGGUAUAAAAGAGGAGUGCAAGAGAACAACGUAACAACUAAAUACCGUAAGGGUGCCUGUGAGAACUGUGGCGCAAUGACGCACAAGAAAAAGGACUGCUUGGAGCGCCCCAGAAAAGUUGGGGCUAAAUUCACGGGCACCCGCAUCGCACCGGAUGAACAUUCUCAGAUCCAACUCCACCUGGACUACGAUGGAAAGCGAGAUCGCUGGAAUGGCUACAACCCUGAGGAACACCAGCGCAUCGUGGAGGAGUACGCCAAAGUAGAUCUGGCCAAAAGGACACUAAAGGCUCAUAAGCUUCAGGAUGAGUUGGCUUCAGGAAAACUGGACCAAUCAGAGCGCGAACAUGACAGCGAGGACGAGGAUGAAGAUAAAUACGCAGAUGAUGUCGACAUGCCGGGUCAGAACUUUGACUCCAAGAGAAGAAUCACCGUCAGGAAUUUGCGUAUCAGAGAAGACACAGCUAAAUACUUGAGGAACCUGGAUCCAAACUCUGCCUACUACGAUCCAAAGACGCGAGCAAUGAGAGAGAACCCGUACUCCAGCACAGGCAUGAACCCAGACGAAGUGGGGUAUGCUGGGGACAACUUUGCCCGCUAUACUGGAGACACCAUAACCAUGGCUCAGACGCAAAUGUUCGCUUGGGAAGCCUACGAGAGGGGCUCCGAGGCGCAUCUACAGGCCGACCCCACCAAGCUGGAGCUGCUUCAUCGGUCCUUUAAGGUCAAGAAGGAGGACUUUAAAGAGCAACAGAGGGACAGCAUCCUGGAGAAGUAUGGAGGCCAGGAGCACCUGGACGCACCCCCCCGAGAGCUGCUGUUGGCUCAGACAGAAGACUACGUGGAGUACUCCCGUCACGGCGCUGUGUUGAAAGGUCUUGAGAAAGCCAUCGCUCGCUCCAAGUACGAAGAAGACGUACUCAUCAACAACCACACCUGUAUUUGGGGCUCCUACUGGAAAGAUGGCUUCUGGGGAUACAAGUGCUGCCACUCCAUGGUCAAGCAGAGUUACUGCACGGGCGACACUUUGAUUGGAAUUAGCAACACAGAGUGUGUUCCAUUUGAAGACGGUAUGAACCAGCCACUGGAGGAAGAGGAGGAGGAACCCAAGACUCUGCUUGAGAUGCAUCAGGAAAAGAUGAAAGAGAAGAAGAAGAAGAAGAAGAAGAGAAGGAAAAAUAAUAAGAACAAGAAGCCUGUCUCUGACAGCAGUGAUUCAGAGGAUGAAGAGAAGAAGAAAGAGAAGCUGAACAAGGCUCUGGAGGCAGAAGACAAGCGUGUGAAGCAUGUGGAAGCAAUGAUGCAGGUGGACGAGAGGAAGAGGCCGUACCAAAGCCUGCAGGAAGUGAAGGCCCCCACAGAGGAGGAGAUGGAGGCAUUCCGCAUGAAACGCUGCCGGGCGGAUGAUCCCAUGGCUUCCUUUCUCGGACAAUGACCUUUUCUUUUUCCUCGCUUCCAAACUUUUUCUUCUACCCUUCUAGAGCUGUUGCUCUGUGGAACGGUGUCCCAAACCCAAAUUAUUCAACUGCAAGAAACACCAAGUGUCUCUUAGUUUGGAGCACAUUUUUUGUGAUUUUCUGUUGCACCGGGACUAAUAUUGGUGGCUCGUUUUCUAUAGAAGACAUGUUUUUUUAAGCAUUGUAGUCAAACCAAACUAGUCAUACGGUAAAGUUCCCAUUUCAGUCAAUAUUUUUGGUAAUAUGAUUGUGAAUAUUCAUUAGUUUCACGGACAUUUAUGCUAAGAGCCCAAAUCCCUUAAAAACAUAGUUUUAAGGACCAUCAAUGCCGGACGCUGAGAUCAUUAUUCAUGCGUUCGUUACGUCUCGUCUCGAUUACUGUAACGUAUUAUUUUCGGGCCUCCCUAUGUCUAGCAUUAAAAGAUUACAGUUGGUACAAAAUGCGGCUGCAAGGCUUUUGACAAAAACAAGAAAGUUUGAUCAUAUUACGCCUAUACUGGCUCACUUGCACUGGCUUCCUGUGCACUUAAGAUGCGACUUUAAGGUUUUACUACUUACGUAUAAAAUAUUACACGGUUUAGCUCCAGCCUAUCUCGCCGAUUGUAUUGUACCAUAUGUCCCGACAAGAAAUCUGCGUUCAAAGAACUCCGGCUUAUUAGUGAUUCCCAGAGCCAAAAAAAAGUCUGCGGGCUAUAGAGCGUUUUCUAUUCGGGCUCCAGUACUCUGGAAUGCCCUCCCGGUAACAGUUAGAGAUGCUACCUCAGUAGAAGCAUUUAAGUCCCAUCUUAAAACUCAUUUGUAUAAUCUAGCCUUUAAAUAGACCCCCCCUUUUUUUUUAGACCAGUUGAUCUGCCGUUUCUUUUCUUCUCUCCUCUUCUCCCCUGUCCCUUGCGAGGGGGAGUUGCAUAGGUCCGGUGGCCAUGGAUGAAGUGCUGGCUGUCCAGAGCCGGGACCCCGGGUGGACCACUAGCCCGUGCAUCGGUUGGCGACAUCUCUGCGCUGCUGACCCGUCUCCGCUCGGGAUGGUUUCCUGUUGGCCCCGCUGUGGACUGGACUCCCGCUGAUGUGUUGGAUCCACUGUGGACUGGACUUUCACAAUGUUAUGUCAGACCCACUCGACAUCCGUUGCUUUCGGUCUCCCCUAGAGGGGGGGGGUUACCCACAUAUGCGGUCCUCUCCAAGGUUUCUCAUAGUCAUUCACCGACGUCCCACUGGGGUGAGUUUUUC